AACUCCUUUUGGCUUAUCGGUCUCUGUAUAUAAAAGGAGCUCCAUUAACUAGGGUUAGGGUUUUAAGUAGCGGAGACGGCCUCUUCUUCUCUUUUAAACUCCAAGCUUCAGAGACCCUCGUCGCCGUCCAAGUACCUUCACAUCAGCAGCUAUGGGUAAAACACGAGGUAUGGGAGCUGCCCGCAAACUGAAGUCCCACCGCAGAAGGCAAAGGUGGGCUGACAAGUCAUACAAGAAAUCCCAUCUUGGAAAUGAAUGGAAGAAGCCAUUUGCUGGUUCUUCCCAUGCCAAAGGAAUUGUCCUUGAAAAGAUCGGUAUUGAGGCCAAGCAGCCUAACUCUGCUAUCAGAAAGUGUGCCAGAGUUCAACUUAUUAAAAAUGGAAAGAAGAUUGCUGCUUUUGUUCCAAAUGAUGGUUGCUUAAACUAUAUUGAAGAGAAUGAUGAGGUUUUGAUUGCUGGAUUUGGUCGUAAGGGUCAUGCUGUCGGAGAUAUUCCCGGUGUUAGAUUUAAGGUUGUGAAGGUCUCUGGUGUCUCUCUUCUUGCUCUUUUCAAGGAGAAGAAGGAAAAACCAAGAUCUUAAACUGCUGCAAUGGAGAGAGAUUCAACUAUAGCCAUGUCUCUCUGUUUUUGAGUGGAUUUGUUGAACCAUUUUUAAUUUUUCUAGUUGCUGUAUUGAAUGUUUCUGGUUUUAAAUUUUGUCUAUCAUUAGCACCUUUUAAAAAUUGCCUCA